AUGACGACUCUGGCGGAGAGUUUUCUGGCAGAUUUGGACGAUUUAUCCGACGACGACGAAGGAGAAGGAGAAGAAGAAGAAGAAUUACGAGAUGAAAAAUCUCAUUUGAAGGACGAGGAGGAGAAAUUCGCCGUCAAAUCAUCAUCAUCAACAGCGAACAAAAGAAGUAAAAGUAAUACUAAAGAAGAAGAAGAAAACGACCUAACAGCAAAAGCAACUGCUCAGAACAACAACAACAAGAGUAAUAAUAACGUCAACGCGUUAGAAAAGUGCACGAAACUGUUAAACACGGAACGGUACAAAAGAACGGUGGGAGAAGUCACUCUCAAGAAAGAAGAUUCAAAGGACGAAGAAGAAGAAGCAGAAAACAAUACUACUAAUUUGUACGCGUUGAUUUUAGAUUGCAACGCGUUAACCGUAGACAUCGACGACACGAUCGUCUUCGUUCAUAAUUACAUCAAAGAUAAGUACAAGAAGAAGUUCCCGGAGUUGGAAUCGUUGGUGCCGCAUCCGAUCGAUUACGCCAGAGUCGUACAAAAAAUAGCAAACGAGAUGGAUAUCAUGCGAGUAGAUUUGGAAUCGGUAUUACCGUCGGCAACAAUUAUGGUCGUCACCGUGACCGGUUCGACCACGGACGGGAAGGAGUUGAGCGAUGCGGACUUGGAUUUGACAUUAGAAGCGUGCGAACGGUUGUUGAAGUUGGACGACGACAAGACGAAACUGUUCAAGUUUGUCGAGAAAAACAUGGAGAAGACGGCGCCGAAUUUAUCGCAAGUUUUGGGAACAGACGUCGCGGCUCGAGUCAUGGGAUUAGCCGGAGGGUUAGAGCUUCUUUCGAAAAUGCCCUCGAACGUCGUGCAAAACAUAGGAAACGGGAAGAAGAAAAAUACCGCCGGUUCGUCUUUACAAGUGCUUCAGAAAUCUGGCGACGUAAACGUCGGCUUCAUUUUUCAAUGCGAUUUGAUUCAAAAGAAAACGCCGCCGCCGUUGAGAGUAAAAGCAGUGCGAUUGAUUGCCGGUAAGUGCACUUUAAUGGCCAGAGUUGACGCGUUCGGCCAAGACCCGACGGGCGAAACCGGGAAGAAAAUGUACGCAGAUAUCGAACAGAAAAUUGAAAAAUGGCAAGAACCUCCGCCGGCGCGCACGGAGAAACCGCUCCCGGCGCCGGGGAUGAUUCAAAAGAAACGCAGAGGCGGUAAACGCAUGCGCGCGAUGAAAGAACGAUACGGAAUGUCUGACAUGCGAAAACAAGCCAACCGCGUUGGCUUUAACGUCGCCGAAGACGAAAUCGGUUACGAAGGCGAAGGUUUAGGCUUGCUCGGCAAAAGCGCCGGCGCCGCCGCGGCGAACGGUAAGCUCAGAUUCCAAGAGAAGAAGACAAAGAUCGGUAAAUACGCGCAGAAAGGAUACAAAGGUGGCAUGGGCAGUGGGUUAGCUACUUCCGACGCUUUAUCUGGCAUGAGUUCUUCCUUGGCGUUUACGCCUAUCCAAGGCAUCGAGUUGGUCAAUCCAAACGCGGAAAAGGAAAGCCGAGACAGUCAAAGCGGCACCGACUCGGUUUUCAACGAUAAAAGAGGGUUCUUUGCCACUCAGAAUAUUAAGAAGUAG